AUCUUGUUUACCUUGGAAGCAGUUGUUCCCUCCUCGUUAUUGACCGUGGAAACAGAGCCAUCAGAGAGAUUCAGCUUCAGUUCGACGACUGUGCUUAUCAGUAUGGAAACGGUUUCCCUCUUGGGAUUGCGGUUCUUCUAGCUGCAGGUUUCUUUGGUUACAUGUUGGCUCUGUUGCAGAGAAGAGUCGGUUCUAUUGUCUCUUCUCAUACACAGGAUCAAGAAAUGUUUGAAGCUGAUCAUAAUGAUCAAAAGCCAUCCAGACCGUCUCUGAUUCCAACAGGAGAAGAGCAGCAAGAAAAACAAGACGAUAGCUUCCUUGUAUCCCUUGGGAGUCUCGCUUCGAAUGCUUGGGUUUCUGUUAUGGAGAUCCUCAGAAUAAAGCAGCCAGCAGCCGCAAACUUUCAGCAGUACCAAACAAAGCAACCUUCUGCUGCUGCGUUUAGCACAACAGCUCCGUGGCCAAUUCAAGAGAGCUUUGUGGUCAGAGACGAAGAUGAACCUCCUCCUGUUGAGAACAAGAACCAAACUCCGAGAAAGGCUUAUGCUUUUAUGACUAAAGACGCAGAGAAAAUGCAGCAGCUGCGUCAGAGCCGUGCGUUCUACAGCAGCUGGGAAGCUGAGCUCCCAAAUCAGCAGCAGCAGCAGCAUAGAAGGCAUUACUCGUCGAUCCCGCAUACAUACUAUGAGCAGAACAGUGAGCAGACUAAUGAGAUAGUGUUUGGGGCGGUCCAAGAACAGAGCAGCAAGCGUGUGACUAAGCCUAAGGAGUCUGGAGAGCAGAUAAAUAAUAAUAAUAAUAAUACUCAACAUAAUCUUCACUACAGAGCUCACUCUGUUAGUUACCCAUAUGGAUACUAUCCAUAUACAUGAAAAGUCUUAUGGUUCUGUGAGGUUAUCAGAUUUAUUGAAUAACAUUAUGAAAGGGAAGUUACAAAUUUUGGGUAUAGGGUGGUGUUUUGAGAUUUAUAUGUAAGGGAAUUGGGGAAUUUAGAUGCUCGUCUUGUAAGGAAAGUUGCAAACUUUGAUUGUAUAAGAUAAAAAGAUAUGAUCUUUGUGUGAGAAAAUAAGUCAGUAAUUUCAUUUGGAAUUGAAGAUUCAUCA